ACCCAAGAAUCAUAGAACUAUCGUAGUUCAUAGCCCAACCGACUCAACUCAAAACAGAUACCCCUAGUUACUUUCUCUCUACACCUCCUAAAACCCCAAUUUCUUCUUUACACCUCCAUCAAUGGCAGCCAAAGCUUUGCGAAAACCAGUCAUGGCGACAGUUAAACUAACAAUUCCAGCAGGAGCAGCACGUCCGGGUCCACCAGUAGGAGCAAUUUUAGGUCAAUUAAAACUCAAUCUCAUGGCUUUUUGCAAGGAUUUCAAUGCCAAAACUCAAAACUACAAGCCUGAUACUCCCAUGUCUGUCUCACUUAUCGCUUACAAAGAUCAAACCUUUGAUUAUGUUAUCAAAUCCCCAACUGUUUCUUGGUUUCUAAAAAAAGCUGCUGGUCUUGAGACGGCUAGUACUCGUCCUGGACAUCUUGUUGCAUCCUCCGUAUCCUUGAAGCAUGUUUAUGAGAUUGCUAAUGUUAAGAAGAAUGAUCCUGGUUCUAAGCAUUUGCCGAUUGAGAGUAUUUGUAAGUCGAUUAUUGGUACUGCUAAAUCUAUGGGAAUUAAUGUUGUUAAAGAAUUGGAUUGAUGUUUUGAGGGUUAGGGUUAGGUUUUGGGUUUAAGGUUGAAUUUUGGAAUUGGGUUUGGAUUUAUGCUGUUGUAGUUGCUUUUUGGCAAUUAGUACCUGAAACUGAUGUAAUGUGGAUUAAAUUAUCGAUAUAUUUUGAAUACAUUAGACAUUCU